AUGGAACGAACGGGCCUCUUCGUCGUCACACAUUACCCGAAGGACAGCGAGGUGUCCGGGCGCCGCCUGACCCACCGGUCCGAUGUGCAGCUAGCCAGCAUCUUCGUCCCGCAAGACCCGAAUCUGCCGCCCGAGGCCCACUUUCCGCUGCAGACGGUCUUCAGCCCGGGCCGCCCGCCGUAUCCGCGCUUCGUCAACCGCUUCGACAGCCGCGAGAUGCUGCUCGUGGUAGACGGCUCGUGCGUCAACAACGGCCGCCACGCCAACAAGCUCCAGGACCCCGUGGCCGGCUGCUCCUUCGCCUUCAAGGGCACGCCGGGCAUUAUGCCCCUCGACGACGGCCUUGGUAGCAUCGCGUUCCGCCUAGAGCGCGAAGGACCGCUCGGCAACCCGGUGGAGCACACGUCGAACCGGGCCAAGCUGCGGGCGGUGAUCGCGGCGCUGCAGUUCCGGGCGUGGGGCGGGGAAGGGUGGCGGCGGGUCGUGGUGCUGACGGACCUGGAGUAUGUCGUGCUGGGCGCCACGACGUGGCUGUCGCGGUGGGUGCGCAGGCGGUGGCGCAAGAAGCGCGGCGGGGGCCCUUACCUCAACCGCGACCUCUGGGAGGAGCUGCACCAUUGCAUCGUCGAGCUCCGGGACCAGGGCUGUCAUGUGUCGUUUUGGCUGGUCACGGGCGACCGCGCGUCAAGGAUUAUUGCUCAUGCGAAAGCUGCCGCGCAGAGGGCCGCCCGGUCGCAUCCCGAGGCGCAGGCUGAUAAGUUUACCAUGAUGUGUGGUGUUAUGCUUUGA